AGGCCCUAUAAAAGCCAAAUGAUUUCCGCGCCAGUAGAAACAAAAGUUAACUGGCUAGUUAAUUAUCUAGGGUGCUCUGUAAGACCGGAAGGAUGGCAGCAGGAUUAAGUUUGCUCAGGAUAAUUCCCAUGGCUUGGAUAAUCUUUCAGGCUACCGCUGUGCCAAAAAACAUCUUCCGGGAUAAAAUCGGGCUCUGUAAGAGAUACGGCAUGGCUUGUCCUAUGGACAAAACCUGUAUGAUCCAACAGAUAGAGUGGCCGAGAACGAUGAGACUUCCGGUUUGCGUGGCGGAGAAAUUUGUCCCAGCCCACAUGAAGGCAUGUUACCAGCCUCCUGACGCUGGGCCAUGUGGUGCGGAGUUCAUUCGAUGGCAUUUCAAUGUCCAGGCCAACCAAUGCAGUUGGUUUUAUUACAGUGGGUGUUUGGGCAACCGUAACAAUUUCUUCUCCAAGGACGCUUGUGAGAAAGCGUGUUUAGGAGACAUAAUCUCCAAGAGGGAGGACAGUUUUAGCGGUGACGUCAAAAACCUUCCAGAAUCGGCUGAAGUGAUCCGUGCCAGAGAAUUUCUCUCUAGGCCACCACCAAAGUUUCAGGAGCUCCGAAGUCCGGAGAUCGAAACGGUUAUCAAAAGGAGGAACAAAUCGUAUAAUAAGAGUCACAAAAAGCGGACCAGUCGUCGGAGGAAUCGGAACAGAACACACCGUGUGGUGAACUCCGCUGAUGUAGACCGGUGGCCAAACGCUUACCGUAAAACAAUGAGACGAGGAGAACUUUUCAAACUGUUCUCCACGCUGAACUACAGGCGCAGGGAUAUAAACAAUGAGAGAGCACCGUGACAACCAGCAGGACACGAUCCAAUUCCAUAUGCUGUAUCACCAACGUUCUGACAAAACUGUUUCUUGAGGUCCACGUGUAAAAUCGGCAAAACUCGUAUCACCUAUGACAGUGGAGUGUCUUCGUAUUAUGAUUGUGUCAUUAUACUGUCUACCUUAACAGCACCAACAUUACAGAACGCCAUAUUGGAAUUCUCUCAAACAAUGAUGCAUAAGUUGGGCAGUAUUCGUGUUGAAAGGCUUUUUAUGAAUCUUUUCUGGGCUUUUUUUAACUGGACGUGGAAACUUUGUGAAGAUAUUCACGAAAACUACAUUCGGAACCGACAUGAGCUGGUUAUUAUCCUUAUUUUUUCAGUCUGCAGGAACAUCCCUUCACAAACCUGACUGUAUAUGCUGUGUAUAUUCAGAAGUAUUACAUUAACUGGUUAAAUGGCAUCAUUCCUACAGUUUUAGUGGGCAAAGUGGUGACAAAGACGUGUACUAGCCAAACAACGCUUUGGAGGUUUCUGGACACUUUUGUCAAGUCGACCAAGAAGCGGAUCAUAAACAAUUCCGGAAAAAAAACACAGGAGCAGCCCAUACCUGAAUAACAAUUUGAUGGGGUCUUUUGACACUAGUAUUAUUUCGUGCGAUAUUCUGCAUGCAGAUUACUUUGAGAGAUGGAACAUUAUCAUGAAAGAUAAGCAGUACCAAUUUUUAUAGCAAGAAAUGGGAGUAAAAUAAAAACUAUUAAAACUA